UUGUUUCCUUUGAAAAAAGAUAAUAAAUGAUCAAUAGUCAACGCCUAAUAAAUCUUAUUUCGAAAAAUACCCGUCACUCAACUCACUUUUUAAAAAAAGUUCGGAAAAGCUUGUGUGCUAGUCGUAGAUCCUCGUAAGUCUGAACUUAUAACACUGACGAAAUCGGCACCAUUGCCGGUCAUUUUAUACUCACGGUUUAUAUAAUUUAAUCGAAUUUUUCGUUUUGAAAAUGCCCACUGCCCGCCACGCACUAGCUUGUGCUUAAUUCGAUAUAUUAUUAUAUCUGUCCGACGGAGUAUCAUUAAUAUAUUAUAUCGUCAAAAUAGAGACGACUUAAUUAUUCUGGUUCGUUAGACACGUCCAUUACAGAAAAUUUCGUUUGCAGUGGUCUUAUUAAAUAUUAUAGAAGUGUUAUAUGAGUAUAAUUCAAAUUAUAAUAUUAUAACAUUGUAAUAUAGCCUAUUUACCUGAUUUACUUAGUGAUAUUGCAACAGUAUUUUUAUUUAGAUUCACUGUAAAACAUAAAUUAACUGCAGGUAUUAACACGUAUCUAAGAAAUAAGAAUAAUUGAUAAGUAAUAUUUAUUAUUAUUAUUAAAAUGAUGCAACUUAGUUAUUGUUAUAUUUUUAUUUUGUUAAAAGCUUAUAUAUUUUUUUAAUAUCCUUUAUAUUAUAUAAAUAUAAUAUCAUGUUUAUUUUGAUUGUUAUUUGUCGAUUAAAAUGUGAUAUUUUUUGAUGUAAAUGUAAAAAGAAUACUUUUUUCUAGUUUCCAUCAAAAUAAAUCGAAAAUUUUAACUGUCGAUAUCGAUGUAGUACGAAUUUUUAAUGUUUUUGAUUCAUCUUGACAAUUAAUUCAAUUAUUAUUUGUUUGAGAUAAUAAAUUGGAUAUAUGUUACUGAGACAAUUGUAAAUUUAUUUGUAAAGUAAUAAUUAUGUUUUCAAACAAAUGUAUCUAAUCAAAGAAACUGUUUUUUCUUUGAGUUAUCAAUUUAGGUAAUUGUGAAAUUUUCAAUAUAUUAAUAUUAUAAUGUAGGUAUAACAGCCGUCUAAGUACGGCUCUAUAAUGCUAUAAUAGAAUCUAUGGCAACAGUAAUUCAAAUUAAUAUGUAAAUUGAUUAGUACUGUCUAAUGUAAACUCAGCAUUAAUGAUUUCAUUAAUAUAAAUAUUAUUAAUCGUACUUACUAUUAAAAUUCAAUAAAAACAAAACUUAUUAAGCUGAGAUUUUUUUCAAAUCAAUUGAGCUCUAUACCGUUUGUAAUAAAAAAAUGAAUACUAUACAAGGUGAAUAUACUUCAAAUGUAGAUGUGUUGAAUGUCCAAAAAACUGUUCAGAAAUACACAGAAAAUCAUGAAAAUUCAAACGAGUACACUGAAAAACCCAUAAAUAUAUUAUCAUCUGACCACGAGAGUAAGACACUAGAAUCAAUUGAAAAUCAGUUAGAGGAAUUAAAGAUAAAAAAUGAGCAUAUCACUGAUAAGGGUCAGACGAUUGGCGAUAGUAAUAAGUUAAGCAAUAAUCAGAUAAUAACGACCAUGAAAGCUGAAAUAAAUGAGAUUCAAGACGAAAUUGAAAAUGGUUAUUUUAACGCCAUCGUAGAUAAAAUGGUAAAAAUCGAUAAACACGUUGACCAGUUUAUAGCAGUAGUAAACGAUUUGAAACUCGUGAUUGAAGACUCAUAUGAAAAUAAAGAAAUAAUUUCUGAAAUAAUGGAAGUUUCAGAAUAUUUGAGGGCCCAGUAUGCUAUACAGGUAACGGAAAACCAAAGAAAUUUUACCGAACAGAUAAGUAAACAUGUGAGAAAAAUCGAUCAGUUAAAAGCGUUCGCAGACAUUAAAAUUAAAGAAGUAAAUACGCUAGAAAAACGGUUUGACGAUCAAAAACUUUGCAUAGAUUUUUACGAAAAAUUGAUUGAAAACAUCACUCAUAAGGUAAAACAAUUGAAGAAUGAAAAUGAUCAAUUAGUAGUACCAAACGACGACCAAACAAAUUUCUCUUUGCUAUUAAGAAAAAAAUUGGUAGAAAUGGACGAGUUAUUGGAAACGAAAAAUGGCGUAUGUAAUGAAUUCGAAGGACAUAUAAAAAAUCUUGUCGAAGAAAAAGAUUUAUUUGCUGAUUAAAUAUUAUUAAACACAAUUAAGUCGUAAUGGCCAUUGCCAAAUCAUAGUGCUUUUAGUUGCAACUCAUAUAUGAUAGUGAUUUAAUUUAUAAUAAUAUUUUAAGCCGGAUUCACAGAUACAAAGUCCACC